AUGGAUGCUACAAUCGAGUGGUUCGGUGCUACCACAUUUCGCGUGAAAGCCAACGGUCUCGUCAUCUUCUUGGAUACAUGGCUGGAGCGUCCGACUGUUCUGCCCAAAGUGUUGGCUAUCGACGAUGUGGAUGAAGCGGAUUACAUCUUCAUCUCCCACGCACAUUUUGACCAUCUUCCUGGAGCCGAUAAGAUCGCAAUCAAAACCGGAGCGCAUGUUAUUGCUAAUGGCGAAGCUAUCAACGUCCUUCGGUCAGCUGGAGUGCCCGAGAACCAGCUGAUCCCGGUAUCUGGUGGCGAGCGCAUCCCUCUUUUCCCUUUCAAUUGCCGUCAAGCUGCAGCUCGUGGUGAAGUUGAUAUCGCUCCUGGGCCACCAGGCGCUCCUCAGGCUCCGGAUGCUAAUUUGGCCGCGGCCUCCGUCCAUGUCUGGCCUUCACUGCACUGUCUCAUGCCUGGUGGCUCGCAUGCCGAUGUGCCUGCGAUCAUGGAUACAGGCAAGGAGUACAUUGGAGGAGCAAACCAGUACGCUUGCACACUGGAUAUCACAUUCGGUAUGAAAUACGGCCUUCUCAAGAUCGGCGACCACAUGCCUCACAAUGCUAUGGACUCGGCCAUGCGCUCUUUCGUCGACUACGUCAACGGCCCGGCGAGGGAAUGCAUGUCUCACUUUGACGGAGGGCAGCUAAUGUACAACUUCCUGUUCGGGGAGGGCAAGGUACUGCUAUGGAACGGACAUCUGGGCGGGUACGAUGGAAUACUGAAGACGGUGCAGCCGCAGCCAGACGUGCUCAUUCAAGCAAUUGCUGGGCGGGCGAACUUGAACGGACGACCGUUUGAUGGAUCUGCGGCGCAGUUCGCGGUGCAAGUAUCGAAGCUUCUGGGAGAGCCGAAGAAGGUGAUCUGGUGUUUGCACGAUGAGGCGCCGAUCAAGCCGUGGACGGUGGAUACCAUCCUCGUUGCGCAGCCUGUAGCCGACGGCGACGUAUCCUCUGCCCUUACUCCGCCUCGUCAGCACUUGCAGCCUAUUGCUUCGCAAUCUUGCGUCUCGGACCAACCUCCGCUCGAGCCAGACCUCCUAUGGGACGCCCUCUUGACCCCUGCCCAAUUUCUGUUCCCUUUCUCACCAGUUCCUUCUCUCGGAGUUGGGACAUCAACAGAUUUCUGCUUCGGAGACACCGCUUUGGCUGCCGUCGGUGAACCUGUGGAUGACCAGAGCGUGCCGAAUAGCUUCGGUGCAAAAGCAACACCAAGAGUAGGUGCGGAGGCCGUUGAGGUCUUUACUGGGCCAGGCAACCUGACAGCGGAGGAGGAAGACAUCCUGAUCGCUGAGUACAUUCCUCAUGUACCUCCCAUGACAGCAGAAACGCGAGCACACAUGCUCCAAGCCAUCAAAACCCGACUGCCACAGCAUGAAGCCCAAGGACUUGACGCCAACUUCCCAUCUUUGCGGCACCUUGAUGCAUACAUGCAAUUGUAUUUUGAGCACUUUCAUCCGCGAAUGCCUUUGCUACAUAAACCCACAUUUCAGGCGUUACCCGAGACGUGGCAGCUAGUACUCAGUGUGCGAAUUGCCCAGCACAUGCUGAAAAGAGAUAUUCGAGAGCUAUCGAGCAAUGACGUUUUGACCUGUGCGCAAUCCCUAUUGUUAAUUCAUCAAAACCAGUGGCUCUCAGGAAAGCGGAGCAUUGUCAUCGAGGUGCAAUUCUACCGGAAUAUCCUCGUCACCCUUUGUCGCCAAUUGCUGUCUCGAGAGGGCACUUUGAUGCACACGCACACCUCCGCUGAAGACGCGAACCACGCAUGGUCCCAGUGGAUACAAGCCGAAGCCAAGCGCCGGGUCAUACACUUCACUUGGAUGUCAGAGUGUCUCCAGGCGACAUUCUUCAUGCUUCCUCCUCUGCUCUCAAUUGCUGAGCUGCAAAAUUCGAUGCCCACAGCUGAUGCGUACUGGUCUUCGAGUUACGAGCAGUGGCACGUUCUCCCGCCACCGCAGCCUUCAUCCACUCUUUGUGCUCUACUUGCACGCGUUGGUCUUGGCGAUGUAGUGCCGGCGAGUCUAGAACAACCGGCUAAGUCUACAAUACUGCUCUCGGCCAUCGUGCAGCAAGCUGCCGAGAGCGAUCUGCUUCGAGCUAUGGGACUCGGCUCUGUCGGCAGUACUGCUAGUCAACCAAGUCUAGCUCCAGGAGUAGGGACGAUGCUCUCCCAGAAAGCCUUCGAUGCUUUGUCCCAAGUAGGAUGCUCUCAAAUGUUGCGCGUAACAGACGCCGCCACCAACUCGAAUGACUUCGCCUUGCUCUCCCGAGUUCUUUCCAUUUGCUCAGUCACACCGUUGCGGCUACUCAACCUCUACGGCAAAUGGCAGACGACAGAUGCAGGUCACAGCAAAGCCCGGUCCGAACUGCUGGACAUCAUACCGCAGAAUGUCGGCAGAGCAAGGCACUGCUUGUACUACGCAGCGCAAGUCCUUCAAUACUUUCGCACUACGAGAGUCGCAACAGUACUCGACAUCCUUAGCGUCUUGAUCUGCGUGCUCUACAUGGUGGUGUACGCAGAUAUUUUUGAGCACCAAGAUCCUAAUUCCGCCGGAAGUGGGACCAGCACCGGAACGUCCAGUAUAGAGAUCAUCCGACUCGACCAAGUCGUUGACAUGGAUCUUUUAAACGGCUGGUUGGAUGUUAGAAAUCAUAAAAGACCUCACAUUGCCGGGGUCGGUCUCCUGCAUAGCGGCCGCAGCGUACCUCGUUUGUAUAAAGAAGCCUCGCGGAUUAUGGCAACCGGGUCCUCGGUCUCGAGGAUGGCUAAGGAGAUGUCGAUCAUUCUCGAGUCGCAAGCUAAAGGUUAUCCUCCAGACCUUCUAGAUCACCGACAAGAUAUACAGAGAGCGGUAUGA